UUUAGCAUUAAAAACAGAAGGAAAGACGUGAAACUUGCAAAACAUCCAGAGCUGACGAGCAAUGAAGACACGUGCAUAAGAGCGACUGCUGUAGGCUUUUUGGCGAUGGACAGCGAGUGUUCGGUAGUAGAGGAUGAAAAUCCAUUUAAGAGCCCUGAGAAGAAACGAAGAUUCACCUCCUUCCAGAGCAGCUGGAAGUCGUCCUUCGACUGGAUCGCAGAGAGCAGGCGUGGGCCCCAGCACGUGACCUGCAAGAUCUGCGGCUGCGAUUUCACCAUCAGCCACGGAGGACGGCACGACAUACAGCGCCACGCCUCCUCCGAGAAGCACCGGCAGAACAGUAAGCACGUCUUAUACGUUAGGUCCACGCAGGGCCAUGACGAGCAGACUAGCUGUGCUACAAAGGUCACUGCAGCAGAGACUGCAUUCGUGUCCAUGAUCGCCGAGCACAACCUGUCUUUCACCUGCGGGGAGCACAUCCUCAAGUUCAUUAAGAAGCACUGCACGGAUCCAGAAGUGGUGAAGAAAAUAAGUUGUCGGGGCACCAAGGCCACCUGCAUAGCCAGGGAUGUAAUAGGACCAAAGUAUCAAAACGACGUCGUGGCCAUGUGCAGACAGCUGCCAUUCUGCGUCUACCUGGACAAGAACCUGGACUGGGGCGAGGAGAAGCUGCUGGUGAUCCUCGUGGGUUUUUUUGACGUCGACCUUGAGAAGAACGUCAUCCGCUUUCUGGACAUGCCACGGUGCGUUUCAGAGACAAGCCAGGCUGUGUUUGAUUGCUUGAUGGAAACGCUGAGGAAGUUCAACGUGCCCGCUGGAAAUCUGGUAGCUUUCUCGUCUGAGAAUGACUCUUCGAUGACAGGCCCUGAGGACUCCGUGCUGUCAAGGCUGAAGUCGUUAAACCCAGGGAUUGUGAACCUGGGAGGGGUUUGUCACCUGGCAGAGAUUUGCAGCAACGUUGGGGUCGAGGCUUUGUCUGCACCACUAGCUGAACUUGUUUCUGACAUUUACAGCUAUUUUUCAUCCAGUGCACACAGGCAACACCGGCUAAAGACCCUUGGCAUUCUUGUUGAUCUGGAGUUACUUCAAACAAUAAAGUGCGCUCCUGUUCGAUGGCUGCACCUGAACAAAGUGAUUAAACAUGUCUCAGACUUGUGGCCCGCUCUCCUGCCCUAUUUUAUAAACUGUGAGUCACGGGCCUCCAAAGUGGAACUGAUCAGUGAGCGACUGCAGAACCAGGAGCUCCGACUGCUGUUUCUGUACCUCCAGUUUGCUUUGCAGCCCCUCUGCCAAUUCUACAGCAAACUGCAGAACAGGGACAGCUGGCUUGUUACUCUGCACGAAGAUGUAAACCGAAUCAUCCAGCUGUAUGCCGAGAGGCUCCUGAAGCCUGAAGCAGCCGUUAAGUUUCUUGCAGAAAGAGAUCUUUCCCUGUUGGACGACACGGACAGCGUGAUGCAGAACGAGGAGAUGUGUCUUGGGUCUGAAGUCGGAGAGUACCUGAGAGUGCAUGCUGGCAGCAUCGCCUGCGCUGACACCGAGAAGAACAUCUACAAAAAAGCAGCUCUGUUCUGCACAGCCGUGUUGAAAAAGAUGUUGCAGAAUUCCGCAGAGCACUAUUCUUUACUGAAGAAUGCGGGAGUGUUUUUGAACCCUGAUUCGAAACUGAAGCUGUCUGGGAAACUGGCAGUGGAACUGGUGUCUCAGGUGGGAAUGUGCCUGACUGGAGAGGAAGAAUAUCAGCUGCUGGAUGAGUUCUCGGUGUACCAGCUUUCAGAUACUAUAGACAUGAAAAUGGAAAGCAAUCCUCAUGUGAAAGACACCAACGCGUGUGUUGUCAGGUACUGGGGCAUUGUUCUUAAACAUAUGUGCGGAAGCGAAGGAGAGCUGCCCAUCUUCAAGAAGCUGAUGCUGGUUUUGCUGUGUCUGCCGCACUCGCAUGCCGAACCCCAGCGUGCUUUCAGCAUCGUCCAAAAAGUGAAAGCAGAAGUGCGCCACUGUCUCACCCUUAAAGCUUUGAUUGGACUUUUGUCCAUAAGAAUGAAUGAAGAUAGAGAAUGCUUUGAGGUCCAGUAUCCUGGAGAGGUCCUAGAAGCAGCAAAGAAGGCAACUUCUGUUACAAUAAAGAACAUAAAUCUGUGAAGUAGACAAGCUGCUGUUGACAGUCACUUAAACUGCUCUCAGUGGAAUGUGGGGCACAUGCUAUUACAAAACUAACAGUGUUAUAUACAUUAAUACUAAACUGUUUGAGUUUCCAGACCACGUUUCACAAUCCACGAAUAUAAGACUAUGGUGCCUUUUAUGAGUUCUGGGCAAAACAUCCCUGUGAAGGUAGUUGUUUCAGUAGGGUUUUUUUGUCAUUCAUCACUAGCUGUUGAUGUAACAAAGUUGUAAAACAGACUGGCUUGCUAAAAGACACAACCGCUUCAUGUGCAAAAGUAAACGCUACCAGUAACCUGG